GCAAACCUCUGAGUACUACUACUGCUAGCAGCGAUAUACUACGCUCAACGCUCAACACUCCUCAGCUACAACGUGCGUUUGUUUUGGUCUGAAUUAAGACCCUUUGUAUAAUUUACUUGUCAUUGAUACAAUGACAUACGGUAUGGGGGAGACAGAAGCCAGGACAUAUCGGCGGGCAAGUUCCUCUUCUCAGGGAAGCACAGCUAGUUCUGUAGACCGUGGGUCCCGUGCCACCACACCCUUCCACCUGAGGAUUUCCCCGUGCCGAGGAAUAUCUUCCGCACCCCAUUCCCGAUCUAGCUCCGUCAAGAGAAAACCGCGGCCCAAGGAGCUCGAACUGAUAACAUGCCGUCAAAGAACAAACAGCAUGCCAGUAUGCACACCAAUACAACUUUCCGUAUCUUUUGAAGACAUUCCCGUUUCGAAGCUCCAGAGAGUCAGGUCCUUUUCUAAGACGUCCAAAGGACUGGUAAAUAGAGGCGAUUCCUUUAAGAGAAAAAGUACAUCAAGUGUGUUUAACUCUUCGGUGAACAACUGUGCCAGCGAACCCGUAGAGUUUAACAGAGACCGUACGUCGAGUUCAAACUCCCAGAGCAGCACAAGUCAGAGUGUGGACUCCGGUAACGCACCCUCUUUCUUUCGGGUAGUCAUGCUGGGAGCCGUCGGGGUGGGCAAGACAGCUCUAACUCAACAGUUCAUGACGUCAGAAUACAUGGGGGCUUGCGACACUACUUAUGCAGAAGAAGGCUAUGCGGCCCGAACAGUGUCUGUAUUAUUGGAUGGAGAAGAGUCGACCGUCGACUUCAUCGACCCCCCGGGAGGAUGUGCCAUUAGUGAAGACAUCCCAGUAGACGGCUAUGUUGUUGUCUAUUCCAAAAUCGACAGAAGUACGUAUGACUACGCAGUAGACAUCUUACACAAACUACGCCACGAACAAGGCUCCGAUCGUCCGAUAAUUCUGGUGGCAAACAAAAUUGACGUGGUUCGAAAACAACAAGUUUCCACCGAUGAGGCUCACGCUGUUGCGAAACAAUACGGCUGCAAAUGUACAGAGACGUCGGCUGCCAUCAACCACCAGGUAGACGAACUGUUAGUUGGCUUGGUCAGCCAAAUACGGCUUAAGUUGUCCAGUGGCUUGGACCACCCCAGUGCCCACACAUCACUGGAUAAGAAGUCACCGAACAAAAAAUACAAACAGGUUGUCAAAGGUGCGAGAGGACUUCUGAACCGAAUAUUGAAAAGGAACAGUCCGCAUUUAAAAGCGUGUGAUAACCUUUACGUGUUGUAGUCGUGAGCGAUCACUGGGUGUAUUGACGGCUUUGUCAUUAAUCUAAUGCAUCAGGUCAAAGAGCGAGCUGGAAAGACUUCCCUUCGACUAUAUAACAGCCAGAAGGCGACUCUACCAAAGAUGAACAGCAUGCUCCGAGUCUGAGCACUUUGCCGGCGAGCGCAAAAACAGAUGCACUUCCUGUCGCAACACUGAUUGGGCAGGAAAGAAAUGUUCCGGAACUCAAAAAUGGUCGUCCGGGGCAACCAAAGAUCUUUUCCGGAACUCGCGCGCUUUUGGCACAAAGCAGCAAGGAGGAAGUGAUUUGUGAAGCUCGAAGCAAAAAUUGGCCUCAUAAAAUUAGUUCAGCAUUCCGGCGGUGAGCAUGCCACGUAGCAGCCGUGUGCAGUCUGACAGGCAGCCUGUCUCAGUUAAAUGAGCAGCUAAUUGAUCUAGGCCAGCAAACAAGCAUUGCACAAAACUAAUGCUGCUGUGAAGGGACAAUCUGUGGCAAGAUGCACAAGGCGGAACAACAAAGACUUCAUAUGUCUUAUAUGUAGUAGGCUUAUUCGUGCUGAAAGAGGUAACAAAUUAUCCCGAUAGGUGGCAGUAAUCAGGCAGCCAUGCCUACGAAUAGGACCUCUUCUGCCGUAACAUUCAGGCCCGGUAAUGUCAGCGAUAUAACUGAAUGGUAACAUUUAAACACUGCUACCCGCUGAACAGUUGUAAUAACAUACAGUUAUCUCAACAGCAGUUAUAUAGUUGGCAACAAAUUAACUGUACAUCUAUUUUUAUACCAAAGAUACUCGAAUAUAUUUUAUUACGUGUAAAUAAGCUGCUUUGGACGGUGGUGAUUUUAGGGGUGAAGGCAAGGACUGUUUGUAAACUUAUUUCAACCUUAGCUUUUAACCGAAAUUUUACAUAAAAAUUGAUUGCUUCAGUGGUGAAAUUUAUAAACUAACUACCAAUGUUUGAGCUAUAAGGUAUGAAAUGGAAGAGUAACUACACCCAGUAUAAAACCAUAAAGACAUAGUAUAGUUGUCUACUUAUUGCGAAAUGAAGUAUGAACUAAACUGAGCAUUAUGUCCCUUACUAGUUGUUCACAGAUGUAUAUUUUUUUACCAAAUGGAAAGUUAAUUAUAGACUGAGUGUAAAGCUAUGUUUGGCCGUCUACAUACCACAAAAUGGCCGACAGUGGUACCAAUAUACCAUUAUUGUGACCUCAGCGUUUGGGGCACGCAUAUCAACCCUAUAAUGUGACUUUAGUAUAUGAUAACCCAGGUGCGAUGACCAUGAGAUAUUGUAUCUAGGGUACUUAGAUGUGGUAUACGGGUAAGGUAUAAUUACCCUGCGCCGUACAAACUGAUAUGUCUCCGGAUUAAGUCAUAUGACCGUGAGAUGACUAGGUCUGUAGAGCAUAGCUAAUGGCACCAGGAAAUCUGGACCAGAUUAAAUCUCUAGUUAGAGCUAAUGAGAUGAGCAAUGGAUGCCGCUUUGUGCUGCUUGUUUUCAUCUCUGACGGACAAAAUUGUACGUCCCCUCCUUGUUAGGGACAGGGUUUUAAAUGGAAAAAGAACGACCUGGAUACGGCUCUAAAGAACAAAUCGAAUUAUUAUUCCAGUCAAUAAUACAGCGACUAUAUAUAGAGCUAGGCCUCAGCCCGCUAUAUAGUGAGGUCGAUGACAUAUUGUUUAUUUGUGCUGUUUGGCUGGAUAUUUGGUAUUCCUGUCAGAUUGAUGGUUGAAUGACCAUGGUCGACCUUAACAGCUGCUUUAUUGUAACAGCUGCUGUAUGCCCGACCUGUGGGAUAAUUUGAUACUAUAUAUUUGCUAAUAUUGUUUGGUACCUCAUCUGUUAUAGUAUAUAUAUCAGCCGCUUGUGCGGUGUAGUUAUUCCUAGCGGAAUGUGAAUAAAGGAGUGGCAGAAGCACGUUCAACGUUCAGAUGACUAAGACUGUUACAAGCGGAAGUAUAGUGGAACAUUUCAAAAUAGUUUGACGUCAUCAUGUUGGUGACUGUACCACUGUUUACUCAUAUAUGUUAUAACAUCCCCCGUGGUUUUACAUUUGUCGUGGCUACCCGCUGUCACUGCGUGAAUCUUUAAUAUAGCUAUUAUGAUACUCAGAUAAAAACAUUGUAUAUCAAGUUGUGAUGUAUCCAUAAAUCUCCUUGACGGAAUAUCUGUUGGCACCUUUGACUCCAGCCUGAGCCAAAACUCACAAAAGCUGUCGCACUAAAGCCAAGAAGGCUCAAUGUGGGCGCAGUCGAUAAACUAUCAAAUUACUCGUCUGGAAUGCGGCAAUACCUUCUUGAGACACAACCGAAUGAUAUGCUGGCGUUGUUUCUUUCGAGAACCCGGGGUUUCGCGAUUUCAGCGCCAAUCCAAGCGAAACCUUUUCUAAUAACAAAGAGCCAUUUGGUACCUAGUUAGUUCCUACAGAUGAAAACCAAGGUCAUAGUAACAGCAUGUGAUUAUAGCAUUAAUGAUAAUGGAGUUGUUGUCAUGGUGAUCAUCAUUCCGCAGCCGUAACCAUAGUAACACAAAUCAUCAUUGUCACAAGUAAUCAUUGUGUAUAUACAACUGGCGUCAAAAUGAUUGUUAUCAAACUAUUAUCAUGGAAAAAUAUUAUGUAUAAAGAAA